AUGGGCCUAACGGUGGACAAGGACGGCCACCAGCGGCCGAUGGUCCGCUUCGGCCAGAACAGUACCAACGUGAUCGCGCGGUUCUGCCGCGGAUCGGUACCCCGCUCGUGUGACCACGGAAUGCUCAAUAUGUCCAGCUCGCGCCCGUGUGCCCUCUCGGAGAGCUUCGUGUCCAGCAGUGACUUUGUGACGCUGGAGCUCAAGACGACGGAAUCGACGGUGCUGCGGCCACUGCAGUUCGCCCUCAAGUACGAGUUUGUGGACUUUUUGCAGGACGGUGUGCCGUUCGCUGGUGAACAUGACUGCAACCGGAGGUUUUCCAGCAGCCAAAUAGAGAAGAAGGGAGUGCAUCCGGUGCGCAGCGUGCGGAACAUCUUUCUGUUUGGCCGGGGUGGGGCGAAACAUUUGCAUUGUAUCUACCGAUUUGAGGCGCAACGUGGCGAGCGAAUUCGGCUGGAGGUGACCCGCGCCAUGACGGGCAAUCGAACGUGCGAUUCUCGUGUGGAUCCCGACACGGGACGAUCGUACUGCUUCGGCGAUCCCAGCGCCAAGAUCGAGAUCUUCGAGCGGCCGUGGCACGAAUCGAUCGUGUUUCCGCGGGGUUGCAUCUGCAACUCGACCAAUCGGUCCUUCCUGCCGAUCGUGUUCAGCUCGACGGGGCGCGAGGUGGAGAUUCAUUUCUCCGCCGGGAACAUGACCGCGCUGGACGAUCCGGACACGCUCAACUUUGAGGCGACCUUCGAGUUCAUCAAGGCGCCGGUCAUCUGCAAGGACGUGCGGCGGAAGAACGCCGUCACGGGUAUUGUCAAGCUGUCCGCUGGGGAGAUGGAGUGCCGUAACCGACCCUGGCUGAUCGAACCCUCGCACGAGAAGUACCUCUACGUUCGGUUGCUAGGUCUGCUGCUGCGCAAGAACAAUCCCGCCGUACCGCUGGAGUACAACACCAGCCUCAGCACCGUAACGCCGAUCCGGUGCCCAACGAAGGCCCGCGUGGUCAUCACAAACAGCGAGGGCGUCUCCGUAACAGCGUGUCCCCUGCCGGACGACACCUCCCAUCGACACGUGGUGGAAGUCUUCAGCGCUGGCUGGACCCGCAAGCAUCCCCACUUUGGAAUUGAACCCUCGAAGGUGAUCUCCGUUGAGUUCCUACAACCGGACAACGGCGCGUACUCGUUCAGCUGGCUCGAGCUGACCAAGCGACCGGCAAAGUCAUUCGCCCUAACCGUCGCCGAGGAGUGUCCGUUCCAGUGUCCGGAUCUGAACGCGUGCGUCAACGAGUCCAUCUGGUGCGACGGGAUCGCGCAGUGUCCGUCCGGCGAGGACGAAUCGUUUACGCACUGUUCGGCGCUGCUGCAGCUGCCGGCCGAGAUACUGGCUGGCUUCAGCGUGCUGCUGCUGCUGCUGUGCUGCGGACUGACCGCAUACCUGUACCGCAAAAUCCGCCGCAACUGCCGCCGGACGUCGGUGCUCCAGACGCGGCUCAAGUCGCUCAGCUCGAUGGACACGGCCGUGUUCGACGAGAAGGAGGUGAUUUGCUGA